GUGUGUUGACCGAGAUUUGCGUCAACAUACUUUUUGGCGACUCCGCUGGGAAAGAAAGAUCUUGGUUAAUAGAACCGAUCUAAUCUACUCCAAAGAAGAUGGGCUCCAAUACAGAAAUCGACAAGGAGAACAUCAUCCCUUCAUAUGAGCAUCUUCCGGAGGACGUUCGUUUGCUGCUGGAGGAGCGCAAGAAGAAGCGUGAUGAAGAAGAUCUACAAGCAGCGCUUGCGAGCAUCAAGGUCGGUCGAGGCGGCAAGGUCACCAAGAUCAAAGAGAUUGACUUCACUUCUACUUCCUCGGAUGCAUCUACUGAGGUUGAUCAGAAUCCUUUCCCAGUGCAUGUGUUGGAAUUGAAAAAUCCUAAAGUGCUAGUUCGGCCGAGUCAAGCCGAAUCAACCAAGGGGAAGAAUGUAGUUAUUGGUGAUGAAAGACCUGAAAAGAAGCUGACACAGGAGAUCCCUCAAGGUGCAAAAACACUCGGGGGGCAAGACAAGAAGAAGGCCGACAACAAGUCGACCGGUCUGACCGGCCACAGUGGCGGUCUGAUCGGUUCGACCGGUCUGACCGGUAAUGGGACCGGUCUGACCGGUGCGCCCAGUAAAUCUGGGAACUCCUCCAAAAUUAAGACAAUGCCGAGUUUUAAAGAACUCUUGGCUAAAUAUGAGAAGGAAGGGAUUGCUCAGAGACAGAAGGGGCCACCAAGCAAAGUCAAGGAAACGGAAUCACCGUCAAGACAUCAAGAACAAUCGAGUCAAAGUAAUUAUACUUCAUCUAGUGGACCGAUUGCUCCAUAGUAUUGCUGGUAUCCUUACUUUUAUACACCUAUGGAUUAUAGUAGGAUGCAUAUGCAAUCAUAUUAUAUUCAAUGUCC